CGGCCGGGUGGGAAUAUGAACACCGAGGAGCUCAACUGUCAGUCCGAGCCCAGAGGCGCCAGUGGGAGAGUGGACACACGAGCCAGACCGACUCCUACUCAACAUCUGAUACCCGGGUCAGUGUGACGGAGUGCGCGUGACAUACCAAACAUGUCCCAGCAGGCAGUGAACGGGGUCCCGUGCAGGGGCAAGGUGCUGACUUUGGACAACAUGAACCCCAAUGUGAAGAACGUCGAGUACGCGGUCCGGGGUGCCAUAGUCCUGCGGGCGAUGCAGUUAGAGAAGGAGCUCAAAGAGGGAGUCAAGAAACCUUUCACAGAAGUCAUCAAGGCUAACAUAGGCGACGCCCACGCCAUGGGGCAGAAACCAAUCACAUUUCUCAGACAGGUCUUGGCUCUGUGUUCUUACCCCGAACUCCUGGAAGACAACAAGUUUCCAGAGGACGCCAAGCAAAGAGCACAGCGUAUUCUGGACGCCUGUGGAGGCCACAGUAUAGGGGCCUACAGUGCCAGCCAGGGCAUUGAAUGCAUCCGUCGGGAUGUGGCGCGCUACAUAGAGAAGAGAGACGGUGGAAUCCCCUCCAACCCUGACAACAUCUACCUCUCCACUGGAGCCAGUGAUGCCAUCGUGACCAUGCUGAAGUUACUGGUGUGUGGCGAGGGUCGUGAUCGCACAGGGGUGAUGAUCUCCAUCCCCCAGUACCCUCUGUACUCAGCCACCCUGGCAGACUUGGCUGCUGUGCAGAUCAGCUACUACCUGGACGAGGAUAAGUGUUGGAGUCUGGACGUGGCAGAGCUCAGGAGAGCCGUCAAUGCAGCCAGGCAGCACUGCAACCCCCGCGUCCUCUGCAUCAUCAACCCCGGAAACCCCACUGGUCAGGUCCAGAGCAGACAGUGCAUUGAAGAUGUGAUCCGAUUUGCUAAAGAGGAGCAUCUCUUCCUCAUGGCGGAUGAAGUCUACCAGGAUAAUGUGUACGCAGAGGGCUGUAAGUUUCACUCCUUUAAGAAGGUUCUGUUUGAAAUGGGACCAGAAUACUCCGGUACGGUGGAGUUGGCCUCCUUCCACUCCACGUCCAAAUGCUACAUGGGAGAGUGUGGAUUCCGUGGAGGCUACAUGGAGGUGAUCAACAUGGACCCUGAGGUGAAGGCCCAGCUUACCAAACUGGUGUCGGUGCGUCUGUGCCCCCCUGUACCCGGACAGGCUCUCAUGGACCUGGUGGUCAACCCCCCGCAGCCGGAUGAGCCCUCCUACAACACUUUUAUGAAGGAGCGGACAGCAGUGUUAUCAGCUUUAGCAGAGAAGGCCAGGCUUACAGAGCAGACCUUCAACACUGUACCUGGUAUCAUCUGUAACCCUGUGCAGGGGGCCAUGUACACCUUUCCCCGCAUCACUCUACCGCAGAAGGCCAUUGAUAAGGCAAAGGAGGAAGGCCUGGUCCCAGACAUGUACUACUGUAUGAGGCUGCUGGAGGAGGAGGGUAUCUGCCUGGUGCCAGGAAGUGGAUUUGGCCAGAGAGAGGGAACCUUUCACUUCAGGAUGACCAUCUUGCCUCCGACUGAGAAGCUGAAGAUCGUGCUGCAGAGGAUCCAUGACUACCACCUGCGGUUCACAAAAGAAUUUUCAUAACAAUCAUCUCGAGAACCAACUCAUUCAGUGCCAGUAUCUUCAAGUGCCUAAGGGUGAAGCAGUCUUGAUGUCACCUCCUGCCCCACCCAUCUCUCAUCUGAAGGCUGUAUUCACUCUAGAUCAGAUUUUUUAUGGAUAUUUUCACUGUUUUGCAUCACUGAGGAACAUUGAAAGCGUUUGUUUAGACAGCUAGUGAAAGUUAGAUGUCCUGCUCGUGUAUGUACAUGUGAUGAUGUAAUGAUUUUCAGCGAAUGAUGCACUUUCCCAAGGUAUUACCCGGCCAGGUUUGUAAUGUUCAAAAAGAUGUUACAGUUCUGAUUGUAUGUUAUUGAAAGAGAAUAAGAUAAUUCAGAUGAUCUUGUCACAGUUGCUGCUACAGGUGCAUAUCUCUCUUGCCAAGACUUUAACAGCCAAAUUAGGUGGAAGUAUCAAUGUAAUAACAUGUUAGGUAGGUGAUUAACUUGACUAGCCGUAGAGGAUGCACCAUGUUGAGAAUUUGAGUAUUGUCAGGGCGAUCCAAAUGUUUCAAGGCCUGUCUCAGAAUGUAGCCAUUUCUAUCACUAAUAUUUAAAAUUGUUCUUAAAUUUAAUUAAACACUUGAAUUUCUA